AUGUCCCGCCGCGACUCUGAAAAGUCGUCCAUUAUCGACGAAACCGGCGCCGAACGCCACUUCAUCCACGCUCAGCUCGACUAUGUCGGCGAAAAGGGCGGCAACGAGGCCGAUGAGACGAUCCAGACGACCGCCGGUGCUCCAGUUGAGGUGCGCAACCCGCUCGGCUACAACGUGGGAUUUUGGACCACGCUGCUCAUCAACGUGAGCCACUUGGUCGGCACGGGCAUCUUCUCGACGCCGUCCAACAUCCUCACGCAGACCGGAUCCGUCGGCCUCUCGCUCAUCUUCUGGGUGAUCGGCUUCCUCAUCAACCUGACCGGCAUCAGCGUGUACCUCGAGCUCGCGUCCUACUACCCGUCGCGCAGCGGCUCCGAGGUGGUCUACCUCGAGCAGGCGUACCCGCACCCCAAGUACCUCUUCCCCGUCGCGUUCGCCGUCAACGGCGUCCUGUUGACCUUCUCGUCGUCCAACGCGAUCGUGUGUGGGCAGUACGUCUUCCGCGUGGCGAAUGUCAGCGCGAGCGCGUGGGCGCAGAAGGGCGUCGCUAUCGCUGCCAUGACGCUGGUCUGCGCGACCAUCAUCGUCAGCACCAAGUGGUCGCUCCGUAUCAUCAACGCCGCCGGCGUGCUCAAGCUCGCGACACUCAUCUUCAUGACGAUCACCGGCUUUGUCGUGCUCUCCGGAAAGACGCACAUCCCCAACCCCAAGGCCAACUUCCAGGACUCGUUCAAGGGCACCAACAAGGACGCGUACUCGCUCUCCAACGGCCUCGUGUCCGUCCUCUUCGCGUACGGCGGGUACGCAAACUCAUUCAACCUCGUCAACGAGGUCAAGGACCCCAUCCGCACCAUCAAGAAGACGUCCAAUGCCGCCCUCAUCUCCGUCGCCGUGCUCUACCUCCUCGUCAAUGUGGCGUACCUCACCGCCGUGCCCGCUGCCGACAUUAAGAAGUCGUCCCAGACCACCGCGGCGCUCUUCUUCAAGAACGUCUUUGGAACCAAGGCGGGUCAGGCGCUGUCCAUCAUCCCUGCGCUCUCGGCCCUCGGUAACAUGCUCGCGUCCGUCACGGCCAACUCGCGCAUGAUCCGCGAGAUCGGCCGCCAAGGCCUCCUCCCCUUCCCGCGCUUCUGGGUCUCGACGCGCCCCUUCGGCUCGCCGCUCGGCCCACUCCUCAUCAUCUGGCUCAUGACGGUACUCAUGAUCUCCGCCCCGCCCGCAGGCCAGGCGUUCAACUUCCUCGUCGCGCUCAAGUCGUACCCCGACUCGUUCUUCCUCGCGCUCAUGACCUUCGGCCUGUUCCUCAUCCGCCGCCAGCGCCAGAGGGCCAACCUCCCGCGCACGCAGUACCGCUCGUGGUCUUGGGUGGCGAUUGUCUUCUUCUUGGCCAAGAUCUUCCUCCUCGUCAUGCCCUGGGUCCCGCCCAAGGGCACGCUCAAGUCCACGUCGUUUGGCUUCUUCUACGCCACGUCCUCGCUCACCGGCCUCGGCAUCAUCGGCCUUUGCGGCCUGUACUACCUCCUCUGGACCAAGAUCCUCCCCCGCCUCGGCGGGUACCAGAUCCGCCAGACUGUCAUCCAGCUCAGCGACGGUGCGCUCAGCAGCUACAUGCUCAAGGUGCCCAAUGCCGACGUCGAGGAGUGGGACCGCAAGCACGACCCGUCGGGCCGCUCGAUUGACAGUGGUAGCGAGCCCGUGACGAGGACUGUCAACCUCGUCUAG